AUGCCGCCGUUUGCCCCAGCCAUUUUGAAAAGAAUUAGACCCGAUCCUUUUCUGUCUUGCCCAAGAGUGUCAGAGCUAGAGGAAACCGUUUUCAACACAUUUCUAUCGGAACAGAAUGUUUCACUUGUGAUGUUCUACGACCCAAAUUGCCCGGAAUGCCAAAGAUCAAAACCACAUUUUGUCAAAGCUGCAAGAACAGCAGACAAGGAGGCAGGAAGCUUCGCUGCUGUCAACUGUAGCAAGAACCCAGAUCUGUGUCGACAAGAGGGCGCCUACCGACGUAAACUGCCAGUGUUCAAACUCUACGCCAGAGGACAAUAUGUCAGUGACCACGAAAAUGUCCUAGACUACCAUUCGUUCAAAAAAGUUGUGGAGAACACACCCUUUUUCCCGCGCCCAAAGCCUAGACACUCAGGCCCACCAGUAAUCGAGCACCAAUAA